CUACUCAUUAGGAACUAGGCGGUUUUGAUUAAUGCGCAUGCUCCACAAUUUCUCUUUCUUGAGACCUCGUGGAACCUCAAAGAGAAGAGGAAGAUAAGAUGCUUAUUCCCAAGAAGAACCGUAAGACAAUAUACGAGUAUUUGUUCAAGGAAGGAGUCCUGGUGGCCAAGAAGGACUUUAACAGAGCAGAGCAUCAAGAAAUAAAAGAUAUCCCAAACCUUCAAGUUGUAAAAGCUCUUCAGUCUUUGAAGUCUCGUGGAUAUGUAAAGGAACAGUUCUCGUGGGGUUGGUACUACUGGUACCUGACAAACGAAGGUAUACAAUAUCUGAGGGAAUAUCUUCACUUGCCGCAAGAGAUUGUUCCAGCUACUCUUAAGAGACCCGUCAGAACUGAAACGGCUAAGCCACGCCCAAGAGAACAAGCUGACAGAUCAAUGAGAGACGAGAGAGAUGACAGAGAUGCUUACAGAAGCUUUGGCGAUGAGAAGAAGACUGACGCUGGACCAGGUGCUCAUUUUGAACCUCAAUUUCGUCAAGGUUUUGGGCGUGGUCAAAGCGAUGGUCCAAGAGGUGACUUUUGAGAUUUUUUAUUGAAUGUCAUCUUGUCAUUAAAGAAAUAUAAUAAUAUCUCCAAUUUAAUUAAUGGCA